AUGGGAACUUUAGAAAAUAUGAGCUUAAAUACUAGUAUGCCAACAGGUUCGCGUGAAUCAGAUUCUCCCGGUGAUCAGAGGCUCGAUAUUGGUGACGGUGCCUUGCAGACCGGUAAUACAUUCAUGCCUGACGAGAAAAACACGAUUGAUAUAAAAAAGGAGAACGACGACACCGAUCUUCCUGAGGAUGGAACUUCGGUAGACAGGUAUGUUUGUCCUCACCCUGAUUGUAAUAAGACAUUCUCGAGACAGGAGCAUUUGGCUAGGCACAAAUUGAACCACUGGCCAAAAGAAAUAUUCAGGUGUCCAUACGUUUUCCCAAACACAGAUAUCAGAUGCAACAAAACAUUUGUGAGGAAGGAUCUGCUUGGAAGACAUGCGAAAAGGCACGCCAAGGAGAAAAACAGACUUCAUAAAAAGAGUAUACCGCAUCCCUCCGAAGAAGUUGUACCUUCAACAAAUAAUGAGGCGAGAGCACCGGUACCGACACUCAACAAAAUAGGGAAGGCCGGUGCCGUUAAUGUCAAUCCUAAUACAGAUUCAUCGAACUACAACCAGUUCUUCGACUGGCUAUUUGAUAAAGACCAACAGAAGACGUUCUCGCAACAUCCUCCUUCCCAACAGCACAAGAGUGGAGACCACGACAAGCAAUCUAAUGAUAACUCGAAUCUUAGUAAUGUGGUUUUCUCCUCUUCCUCGUAUUCUGCAUCUCCAGUCAAUCCAACAACAGCUUCCUAUAGUGCUCAUUCUCCGAUGGGACGUAACGUGACCUCGCUACCGGCAAGUAUACAGCAGUCACCCCGAAUGCAACCAGAGGGAACCUAUAUAGAUAGCCAGCAGAAUCAUGGUGUCCAAGUACCGCAACAUUUGCAACACCAACAACAGAUCGAACAGCUGCAAGGACAGCAUAUUAAACUGUCUUUCCCACCUAUAGACACGAGAACAGACGCGGUACCUCCCCCGAGGCAGCCCAACUUUACAUCUCUUCAAGCACCCUCUUUUCGUGAACCUCCAAUUCCAUUACAACAACGCCAACAACACAUCCCGCCGGUAGCCUCACUACCUAAUACACCCACUACUAAUACUAUCAAUGUUAUGGCUGAUAAUGGAGUUUACAAGCACAGUAAUUUUUUUUCUAUUGACUAUAUGACGUCAGAUCCUUUGCAGAACUUUAUGCAGGAGCUUGCAGCUUCGAACCAGCAAACUAGCGGUACUGAUAAGAGUGUACUGUCAGGAAGUUCGUCGUGUGCAGGGGUGUCUCCGCCUAUAAACGCGAAUGAAGACAUCGAUACGUCUACGGUUAAUAAAGCCCUAAGCUCCAUUCCAACAACAGCUCUUUCAUCGAUGUCAACGACAAGAUCAAAUACAGACUCUAAUUUUACUACGAAGUCUGACAAGCUCCCAGAUCAAGUCCCAAGCGUACCAUCUCAAUCAAGGAAAGAAGUUUUUCCCCGAGCACCUACCAAAUUUGUGGAUAGUGGAAAGAGCAGUGUCAGAGAUAAUCUCCUGGUUCAAAAAUCGAACAUUAACGAACUCAAGAAACAAACGGAGCCAUCAUCGCAUAUACAUAAAAAACAGAAGUCAAAUAAAAAUGGGAGUGUGAACCGAACAAAUUUGAGGGGUGUCGCCAAUAGACAAAAACUACUGGAGUCGAUGCGGUAUAUACCGUCUAUAUUUUUUCGUGAUCCAGCUACCAAAUACAAUAUUUCACAAGAGAAAUGUCAGGAGCUGUUUGAAUUUAUCCCUGAAUUACGGUUCAUCCCAAAAGAAAAGCUGAAAAUUUCGUUGAAAUCGUUCUGGGAGAAUUUUCAACCUCUGUAUGGUCUAUUACACAAGCCUUCCUUCAACAUUGAGAAACAGCCGCCAAUUCUUAUUUUAACAAUUAUUAUGACAGGUGCAAGUUUUUUGGGACCAUCAUACCGUGAAGAAAUUUCAGACACAAUAUGUGGGCCUUUACGAUGGGUUAUUUUCUCACACCCGGAUUUUCAACCCCCAUCACGAACGUAUAUCAUCCAGUCUUUAUUGCUUUUGGAGUCGUAUGAAAAGACGUCUACCAAUAGAUACCUGCAUGAAAGAUCAUACUUGCAUCACGGUACAACAAUUCAACUACUAAGGCGAACACCCUCCCUUGGUGGACACCCCUUGAGAGAUAAGGGGAAGCACGACAGAAAGGAGGAGAAAUUUGAUGAAUUGAAAGAUGUGUUUUUGAGAUGGGUUGAGUUCGAGAGUCUAAAACGUGUCGCAUUCUUGGUGUUCUACAUGGAUGUCAGUCAUGCUGUUGUUUUUGGUUAUUUAAACCUGUUCAUUAGCUUUAGACAGGUGCAGCUCGAACUACCGUGUCCGGACAAAAUAUGGGAGAGUUACGAACUGAGUUUUGAAAUUCUUCAAGAGUUUGGGUUUGGCACGAGGGACGAUGAGGAUAACAGCCAAACAUUUUUGCAAGCCUUGAAAACGCUAAUAAAGGAUGUACUGAAUAUGAUGAGGGGUGACUCCUCUACGGAGACUGAUAGCACAGAUCACGCUGAAGAUGUAUCGAAACAUUACUACAUGCAAAGUAUUAUAGGGAAAAAAAUCAUGCUUGGAGGAUUACUUUCAGUUAUGUUCCAGUGUCAAGAGGAAAAUGAUGACCCAAUUUUUACCAACAUCUUAACAGAAGGUCCCUAUGAACAUGAUAUUACCUGGAGAGAGAUCCUAUCAUUUGCCAUAAAUUAUUGGCUUUUCGAAAUCCAAGGUGACUGCAACAAGAUGAAAAAUUGCUACAUGCCAAGCUAUGUGCUCGAUGACCCCGAGUUGGACGGUUCGAAUGAAGAUGAUCUGAAGGUAGUCAGAUGGACCAGGAAUGACGCAGACUGUAAAAUACCGGUGUACCACAUGGCGCAAAUUGCGCUCCGAAUAUUCCACCAUGACUAUUACAUUAUAGCAGGCAUACCAUGGAGAAUGAAUGUCAAGGUAGGUGACUGGGAAUUCCAAUCGGUAUAUCAAAGAGUCCUAAAUUUCUCAAAGGAUCCUUAUACUGGGGGUGUAACCAUCGUUUAUGCAUUUCAGUUCCUCUUUGAAAUGUUCGUUCGUGAAGAUCCAGAAACGGGUAAGCUUUCAAUCGAUUUGAGCUAUGACCCUAAUACAGAUCCUAUUAUCACAAGACCCAAUACUUUAGCGUUGACCUCUUUAUUGAUUUGGGUUUAUAGUUUCAUCCUAAAAGGUCCUGAAGUUAACAUUUGGACCAACCAUGAACAGGAACUGGCGGGACCAUAUGGCAGUGGGGAUGAUGAAGACAAGGACAGUGAACUAUCCAAGAAUAUUGCAGUUGAAAAUCAAGAAAAGAAAAGAAUGUAUAAUCCACUGGAGUCCUUCGAAGAGUAUCUUUUAAGGAUGUAUAAACACCUACACAUUGAUAAAAACCAAAAUGUAAGGAAGUACCAAAAUGCCAUGUGGGGGAAAGCCUUUGAAAUACAGAAUAUUGAUCAUAUUAAUAGACUUUUCGGGUUUAUCAGCUAUAUCAAGGUCUUGUUUGAUAAUAACUAUUGGGAUUUAGGGAGAGAGUUUGGCAAGCUUUUUAAUAACUGUCUGGAAAGGAGUAUUGGUAAGGAAUCUCAUGUCUGUCACGACAUGUAUGACGUUUAG